AUAUUGAGCAAAUAAUAGUUUAUGCAAGCGGGUUGAGUGGCCCUCUUCCUUCUGAAAUCGGACUGUUGACCAAAUUAAUUGACCUAUCAAUUAGUGACUUGAACGGAGCCUCAUCAUCCUUUCCACCCCUUAGUAAUUUGACCAAAAUCAGACAACUAGUGUUAAGAAGUUGCAAUAUCACCGGAGUGCUGCCCGAAUAUUUAGAUAGGAUGACAUCCUUGAAACUCUUAGACCUCAGCUUUAACAGAAUAAGUGGGCAGAUUCCUUCCGGGUUUCAUUCUCUUAAAAGAGCAGAUAACAUAUUUUUAACCGGAAACUUGCUAAAUGGUUCGGUGCCUGAAUGGAUGCUAAAUGGAGGAAAAAGCAUUGAUCUCUCUUACAAUAAAUUUACAUCCCCAUCUAGAGGCUGUCAAUCUCGAACUGCAAACCUGUUUGCAAGCUCUGCAGUGGACAGUAAUUCUAACCUUGUUUCUUGUUUGGCGGACCUCCGUUGUCCCAAGAAUCUAUACAGUCUUCAUAUAAAUUGUGGUGGGAAAGAAGAAAUCAUUAAUCCUACGAAGUUUGAAGGAGAUGAAGAUCCAGGCAAGCCAUCGGUGUUUGUCUCAAGUAAAACAAAUUGGGCACUCAGCAACACUGGUAUAUUUUUAAAUGAUAAUCGCAUUCCAAAAGACUAUCUUGAACUGAGUUCAUCGAAGCUUCCUAUGGUAGAUUCCAAACUGUACGAGACUGCUCGAAUUUCUCCAUUGUCUCUUACAUAUUAUGUGUAUUGUAUGGGGAAUGGAAAUUACUCAGUAAGCCUCCAUUUUGCUGAAAUUGCAUUUAGAAAUGACAACAAAUUUAGCAGCCUUGGAAGACGCAUUUUUGAUGUUUAUGUGCAGGGGAGGCUGGUGCUGAAGGAUUUUAAUAUUGUAGAUGCUGCAGGUGGUGUCGGUAUACCUAUCACAAAAAGGAUUCCCAUUGGUGUUACAAAUCAUACCAUAGAGAUUCAAUUUUAUUGGGCUGGAAAGGGGACAGAUGGUAUCCCUGUGGGUGGAAUCUAUGGUCCUCUGAUAUCAGCCAUUUCGAUAGAAUCUGAAUUUAAGCCUCAAAAAGAUCAAAGUGCCUUGCCAAUAGGUGCAGUACUUCGAAUUGUGGCUCCAGUCAUCCUUGUUAUAGUUUUGGUUCUUGGAAUUCUGUGGUGGAGAGGUUGCCUUGGACAGAAAAGUACGCGUCGUCGAGAUCUCAAAGGUUUAAAUCUGAAAACUGGUUCGUUCACAUUAAGGCAAAUCAAAGCUGCCACAAAUAACUUUGAUGCUUCCAAUAAGAUUGGUGAAGGUGGUUUUGGUCCUGUUUAUAAGGGUUUUCUCUUGGAUGGCACCAUAAUUGCAGUGAAGCAACUUUCUUCUAAGUCAAAGCAAGGAAUUCAUGAGUUUGUUAACGAGAUAGGCAUGAUAUCUGCUUUGCAUCACCCGCAUCUAGUUAAACUUUAUGGAUGUUGCACCGAAGAAAAUCAACUUUUAUUAGUAUAUGAAUACCUGGAAAACAAUAGCCUUGCUCGGGCUAUGUUCGGACCUGAAGAAACUCAACUGAAAUUAGAUUGGCCAACAAGGCAGAAAAUCUGUAUUGGUAUUGCCAAAGGUUUGGCAUAUCUUCAUGAGGAAUCAAGACUGAAGAUUGUUCACAGAGAUAUCAAAGCGACAAAUGUAUUGUUGGAUAAAAAUCUCAACCCCAAGAUAUCCGACUUUGGUCUGGCCAAGCUUGAAGAAGAAGGAAUUACCCACAUAAGCACUCGGAUUGCUGGAACUUUUGGAUAUAUUGCGCCGGAGUAUGCAAUGCAAGGCCGCUUAAGUGAUAAAGCAGAUGUCUAUAGUUUUGGCAUUGUGGCGUUGGAAAUAGUGAGCGGAAGGAGCAACACUAGUCACCAAUUAAAGGAUGGUUGCUUUUAUCUGCUUGAUUGGACGCUCGAGUUAAAAGAGAAAGGCAGUUUAAUAGAGCUGGUAGAUCCAAGGUUAGACUCCAACUUUAACCAGAGAGAGGCGAUGGCCAUGAUCAAUAUUGCUCUCCACUGCACCAAUGUGUCUCCUUCAGAAAGGCCUGCCAUGUCUUCAGUGGUGAGCAUGCUGGAGGGAGAAGUUGCUGUGAGGGAGGAGUUGGUUUCACAUCCAAAUGACACAAGAACACAGAUGAGUGCAAUGUGGAACCUUUUGUUGCAGAAGAGCCAGAAACAAACUGACGGUGUGAACCAGACAGAGGUUGUCUCUAUGGAUAUGCCAUCUAACAAUUCUUCAAUAAACUAGACUCUCCAACUGCACCUACAAAGAUUUGAGUCGUAUGUGAUACGUCUAAACUUUGAUUUGGAUAUAUUUAUCAAUUACCCAAAAGGAAAGAGGUUGUCCAUCUGGUUGUCUAAACUUGACAACUUAUCUGGUUAACUUUCAUUUCUAGGUACGGUUAGAAGAUAGUGUACGGAGUCGGGCACAAAGCGAGCAUCAACGACCCAAAGAAGCCUUGUUCUCUGGUUGAAGUGGUACUCGACUGUCUUUCAUUUUAACAUUUAGUCCAUCUUUUUACCUCUAUAUAUGUCUGCCAAAAAAAAAGGGUAAAUAAAUCAUUUCUAUUGAAUUGGCUAUUUUAUUGUAAUGUUUAGUAACUUUGGAUGAUAAGUUAUUUAGAUCACGUGUUUUAAUUUCAAA